GGGGCUCCGCGGGGGGCCCAGCGCGGGCAGCGAAACCCCCUGCCCGGGGCAGGGCCAGGGGAGCCCCCGGCGAGGUCUCUGAAUCACCGGGCGGUUCGGGUGGGAAGGGGCCGGUACAGGCCCGUCUAGUCCGACCCCCACCAGGGGCAGGGGCGCCUCCCCGUAGACCGCGCUGCGCAGGGCCCCGUCCAGCCUGGCCCCCAGCACCGCCGGGGACGGGGCAUCCCCCUCCCUCAGGGCAGCCCUGGGCAGUGUCUCACCGCGAAGAAGGUGCGUUCUGAGGGGACCGGAGGGAGGCGGAGCGUCCGCCAAGCGGAGGCGCGACCGCCACGGGGGGCGGGGUCUCCCAGUGUCCCCCGCGCGCUCGGCCGAGCCUCCCUUCACAACCAUCACACCUAAUAGCAACCCCUCAAGAUAUGGCCUCGAAAAGAGCAUUGGUGAUUCUAGCAAAAGGGGCAGAGGAAAUGGAAACUGUAAUCCCCACUGAUGUUAUGAGAAGAGCUGGGAUCAAGGUGACUGUUGCAGGCCUAACAGGAAAAGAACCAGUGCAGUGCAGUCGAGAUGUCUUCAUUUGUCCUGAUGCCAGUCUUGAAGAUGCCAGGAAAGAGGGGCCUUAUGAUGUUGUGGUCCUGCCUGGGGGUAACCUUGGAGCUCAAAACUUGUCAGAGUCUCCUGCUGUGAAAGACAUUUUGAAGGACCAGGAAAGCAGAAAAGGCCUGAUUGCUGCUAUAUGUGCAGGUCCUACUGCCCUUCUGGCACAUGGGAUAGGGUUUGGGAGCAAAGUCACAACACACCCUUUGGCCAAAGAUAAAAUGAUGAAUGGAGCACACUACAGCUACUCCGAGAGCCGCGUGGAGAAAGAUGGGAACAUCCUCACCAGCCGUGGCCCUGGUACCAGCUUUGAGUUUGGGUUGGCCAUUGUUGAAACGCUGAUGGGGAAGGAAGUGGCCGAACAGGUGAAGGCACCCCUAAUAUUGAAGGAGUGAAACCCUGGUGCGGGACAGGGAGUAGCACAAUUUCAGAUAGAGGGUCUUGUCCUUUGUAGAAUAACUGUGAGAUGCACUGUUGUAAAUACCAUGUAAUUGUGGGUGAAAUUAGCUAGCAACUGUACUUACCUAAACUGUGAUACGUUAACAAACUAAUGGUCUUCGUUUCUGGAAAAAGAUCCUGUUAGCAAAAAGCUUCGUCACAAAAAAAGCAGCCAAAUCUUAGUUAUCUCUUGGAUGGCAUUUAAAAAUCACAUGGUCAAAUGUUUGCUGAGUAAAUAAAAAUGAAGCAACCCUG